UUCUUGGAUCCCCUUAAAACUUGUUACCUGGUCCCUGAGGGACCAUUGGGCCCAAGGGCGGAGGCAUUUGUGUUCAGCCUCUUGGGAGUUGUAGUUUCCCUGGGUUCUAACGCAUGCUCCACCGCCGUCUGGAAACUACAAAACCCACAAACCCUCGCUGCACCGCCCGCCUCCGCCUCGCGUUCCUCGCCAGCUCGCAGCCCCGCCCCUCGGUCCAGGCAGAGGCGCGAUGGCCGACCGUGGCGGCCCUGCGGAAGAGCCAAGCCCGCGGGGUUCUCCCCGGUCGGAACCCCGGGUCCCGCGCACGGCCGGGCCGAGCGAGACCCCGCGUACCGCGGCGCUGGCGCUGCGCUUUGAUAAGCCCAUCAAACAGGCUUUCUACAACACGGGCGCCGUGCUGUUCGUGUGCCUGUGCUGCGGCGCCGCGGUUCUUGUGUACUUCAUCCUCGAGGCCUUUCUGCGGCCGCUGCUCUGGGCCGUGCUGUGCGGCACCUUCCUGCACCCGUUCAAGAGCUCGCUCACGCGCCUGGGCCGCCUGUGGCUGCGGCGUCUGCAUCGCGCGCACACGCCCAUCGUGCUGGCGGCGCUGCUGCUGCCGCUCUGCUUCGCAGACUACGGCGUGGAGGCUCUGGGCGAGCAGGCGCUGCGCCGCCGCCGCCUGUUGCUGCUGCUGGGCGCGGGCGGUCCGCUGCUCUACGGUCUCUACUGCCUCGGCAGCUACCUGGGCGUACAGGUACUGCUAGCGCACGCCGGCGCGCUCAUCUGCCGCGGCCUCGACUACUUCAGCAGCUUGUGGAUCUGGACAUUGGUAGUGGGCUACGUGCUGAUGGUUUCAUUCAAGUGGAAUGCAAGCACUCAACACUACUUGAGAGCAGUUUCGAUUCCUGUUUGGAUGAUACUGCUUUUUCAUAUAGCAUCACUGGCUGGCUCAUGGAGAAUUCCAGUAUUCCUGGUUAUUGUUUUCCUGAUGUCUGCGGGUACUCUUUAUGAAAAACAGAACGAGAAGGAGUCAGCUGGGGCAGAAUUACCAGGACAAGUGAUCUCCAUGGCCGCUUCUACGCUUGCAAACUUGGCCAUCUCCAUCACAGGGUAUGAGUCAAGCAGUGAAGACCAGCCCUCUGACCCGUCAGCAGAGCCCACAGACAAGGGAGAACCUCCUCCAGCACCGUCUGCUUCUUCUUCCUCCUCCUCUCGUUCCUCACCCUCUUCUCCUUCACCUACUUUGGGCAGACAGAGGCCUGAGAUGGGAACAUUUCUCAGAAAGAAGAAAACGAGUGACAUUUACUUUGUGUCUCUUGUGUGGGCCAUCAUUGCCGUCCAGCUCUGGCUGAACCUGUGGAUCGUACAGCUGCUGCCAGUGCCCGUUGCAGUCUGGAUCAUCAAAAAGCUGGUGAUUCACUUUGGAGUGGUGGGCUUCCUGGAGAAACGUUGCCGCGCAUGGUGGCAGGUGAUGGAGAGCUUCCUGAAGGAGCGGCAGGAGGCUUUAGCACCUUGGCCAAUUACUGGGCUUGGAAAGUUCUUACUAAAAGUUGAUAGCAAGCUCUGGCACUGGCUAAAUAAGAAGAUGAUCAUCUGGUUGGAGAAGAUGUUAGAUAAAAUUAUUAGCAUUUUCAUCAUAUUCUUGCUAGUAAUAGGAACCCUUCUUUUAGCCCUUCUCCUGACUGCAAAGGUACAUCAAGAGAGUGUACACAUGAUUGAAGUCACAAGUAGUCUGAUUAAUGAAACUCUAGCAAAUCACCCAGAGUGGGCCAAUUGGCUUCCUGAGGCUCAGGUGGUCCAAAGAGCUCUUAAUUCCGCAGCAAAUAAUGUAUAUCAGUAUGGACGGGAAUGGAUAACUCACAAGCUUCACAAAAUUCUAGGAGAUAAGGUGAACAAUACAGCUGUGAUUGAGAAGCAAGUUCUAGAGCUGUGGGACAGACUGUAUCACUCUUGGUUUGUUAAGAACGUGACACACUCUGGAAGGCACAAAGGGCACAAGAUGCACGUGAGUCGUCAGAACAGCUGGCUGGGAGAUAUUUUAGACUGGCAAGAUAUUGCCUCCUUCGUUCAUGAGAACAUCGAGACUUUUCUGUCGAUAUUAUCUUUUGGCUUCCAAAUAUGGAAGAUGAAGAUCCUGGAGUCUCUGUGGAUUGUUAUGAGCCGGAACGUGAGCCUGCUGUUUACCACAGUCACCACCCUGCUGACCAUCCUCUUCUACAGUGGCACUGCUCUUCUCAACUUCGUGCUUUCUCUGAUAAUUUUCCUGACCACACUGUUUUAUCUGUUAAGUUCCAGUGAUGAGUACUACAAGCCAGUGAAGUGGGUGAUAAGCCUGACACCACUCUCUCAGCCAGGCCCUUCUUCUAACAUUAUCGGCCAGUCUGUGGAAGAGGCCAUCAGAGGGGUAUUUGAUGCUUCCCUCAAAAUGGCUGGCUUCUAUGGAUUGUACACCUGGCUGACUCACACUGUAUUUGGCAUCAAUAUUGUCUUCAUACCAUCAGCUUUGGCAGCUAUCCUUGGAGCAGUGCCAUUCCUGGGGACAUAUUGGGCAGCAGUACCUGCAGUUCUAGACCUGUGGCUGACACAAGGGUUAGGCUGUAAGGCCGUCUUACUCCUGGUCUUUCAUCUCUUGCCAACAUACUUCGUAGACACUGCGAUCUACUCGGAUAUAUCAGGAGGAGGCCACCCCUACCUGACUGGCUUAGCAGUGGCUGGUGGAGCCUACUACCUGGGCCUGGAAGGAGCCAUCAUUGGGCCAAUUCUUCUCUGCAUACUUGUCGUAGCUUCCAAUAUCUACAGUGCCAUGCUAGUGAGCCCUACGAAUUCAAUGCCCACACCAAGUCAGACCCCGUGGCCUGCUCAGACUCAGAGGACUUUCCGUGACAUCUCUGAAGAUCUGAAAUCUUCAGUAGAUUGACAUGGCCUCACUGCAAUGACUUCUCUGGGGAGUUUCACCUUGAGAGUGAGUCCUCUGAGCUUUGGCCUCUGUUCUGUCAGCUGUGCCUGGCAGGCAGGGGUACCCACAAAAGAAGCAGAAGCCUCCCAGCCUUACAUGCAGAACACCAAGUGAGAAAGAACUUGCUCUAGGCUGCUUCACAUUUUAAAACACAGCUUGAGAGUUGAGACCUGUGUCUGCUCAUAGCUCAUGCUAAGUUGGCUUGAAAAGUUGCAGUUCAUGCACUGGUACCAAGGCUUGAAAUUGCCCUCUUUGGUUAUCUGCUGCAGUGUUUAUUUAUAAGUUAUUUUAAGGAUUCUGAAUUACCUGCUAUUAAACAUGUAUUCAGUGUAAUUUUUCUCCCACUGUAGGAGUUUAGCCCUUUUCAGUGACACGGCUGUCCCUGUGGAGUAUGGUUCAGUAAGCAGAAAAGGGAGUCUGAUACCCUUUAGGGUAAAGGUGGAUCCGUGUGCUGUGAGGAGGAGUGGAGCUCUUCCUCUCAUCCACCCUUUCAAGGUUGCCAGAUUUCUACAACUUUUCUGACCACACUGAAGAUCCCUACUGAGCUGCUAUGAAUAGUGACGCUGUGAUAGAAUCCGUGCUGUCCGCGUUCCUCUUGCCUGCUUUACAAGCACAGACUCUGAGGUGCAGGGGUCCUCUGGUUUGUUAUGUGCGCCCGCAGUUCUUUACUGGGAACUCUAUCCGUUAGUUUGCUUAGGAGCAGAAUUUCCUAUUCCUGCCACUUAGCACAGUGCCUUGCACACAGGAGUCUAGACGAAUGCUUGCUGAGUUGGAGUAUAACUGUACAUUUCUCAGAGAUGACACAACCAGCACAUGCUUUACAUUCUAUACCGCCUCUGUGCACAUUACUUCACUCGCACUUCACAUCAGCUCUCGAGCUUUCAGGACGGAGGCCCAUGCAAAGCCACCCGGUGUUGUAACUUAUCUCCUGUCUCUGAGGCCAUAACCCAUCUCUUAUGGCUUCGGCAGCUCCCCAGUCCUGUUACCUGAGGUGGGCGUCUCCCUCGUUAUGUGUGGAAGAGUCGUCCUGCUUCACGACACAUGGCACAUGGAACUUAAGCCCAGCUCCUAGUGUUACGCCCUUCCGAGGGAAUGCGUAACACAAGGGAUUUUGAUUUGUUAUCUGAAAGCACUGAAGACUAAAAUUAAUUUCUCUUAAAACUUCUAAGUUUAUAACUCGAUUGAUCUCACGAUUAAUAAAACCCACGAACCUGCAGUCAUUUGACUUGCUGUGUAUGGUGUAGCUCAUACAGGUUUCCUGGUUGUAUCAUGAAGCCUUUAACAUUAUGACCUAUUAAUCCAUCAUCUGUUAUCUGACCACUACUAAACCUCAUACUCUGUUCUUAAUAAGUUGGUCAUAUUUGCUCAUUAACACGCAUUUUCUUGAGCAUUGGUAAAUUCUAGGCACCAUGCCAAGGACUAGAGGGUGUGCAGUGGGAGGUAACUCCUAAGAUGGCUUCUCUCACCUUAAAAGCCAGCCAGACCAUAUAAAUCAUACUAACUCUAAAAUUCUUCACUAAAGUGCUUGAGGAGAGAAACCAAGUUUUUGUUUACUAUACUGUGAUAAGUUUAUAGCUAUAAUUAGCACAUGCUCAUAAGAAGCAGAUAUACACAACAAGUUUGUGUGCAUAUACAAAUUAUGUUGCUCCAAUGCGCUUUUAGCCAUGUAAAAGCAAGCAAAUUUGAAAAAACUAAGUUUGAGCUAAUUUAUAAUUGUUGGUAGGAUAGUUCUCAAUUUGAAUGUGAAGUUCUUCUAGGGGGAUUCUGAGCUCUAAAUUUAGAGCUUCUUAAAUUAGUGGCAAUGGUAUAAGUUUGUCCUGAAAUUUUAAGAGCAGAAGUCUCUUACAGUGGCCUGAUCAGAAAACUCAAAUCGCUCCAUCACUCCAUUGCUCCAGUGAAACCAGGAAGGCUACCAUACCUGUUGAAAAAACACCCUAGCAUGUGUCAGGCACAGGGAAGUUUUACAGAAUUUUCCUAGGAUACAGAGAAUAGUUAAGUCCCUAACCUUGAGUUUGCAUAGAAUUUGACGAACAGAGAGGAGGGUAUAUAUGCCUGGCUUGUUUUUUGGAUUUUGUGUGUGUGUGUUCAUAUACAUGUAUAGGUGGACUUUUUGGCUACUUUAUUGGGUUCUUUUACCUGCCACUCUUCUCCACCCUAAUCCCUAGGUCAGUGAGAAAGAAGGUUAAGUCUCUUAGACGACUUCCUUCUGAUAGGGACAUCAAAUUCCAAAAGGAAAGUCCUGUCUUCGUUGUCAGGAUAUCUUCAACCAGCAAACCAGCAACACAAUACAGCAGCAGCAUGGGGAGCAGCAACCACCACCCCCUCUUGGGGCUCUGGCAUUUAUAUACAUACUCUCCCAACAGACUUUGGAGUUCCAAACAUAAACUAUCUUCAGCGGGCAGAGCCACGCCCCUGCCAGAGCACAAGUCCAAUCAUAGUCAGCUGUUGUGGGAGAUCUGAAGCAGCCCCAUAUCCUACACCUGGGAUUAAAACAAACAUAUUCCCAUAACAUAACUGGGGUUUCUCUCCCUUUUUGGCUUUUUCUUUUAAGAAAAUAAAAAGUUAGCAAAGCACUGUUUAGUCUGUCCUUGCAGGGUCUUUGCUUUUCUUUUUGUUUUAUAAGCAUUUCUUUUAAAAUGCAACUAGACCUUUCUACAAGUGCUUGUCUUGUAGGAUUGUGUAGUAUAUCUGUAAUAGGCAUUGUAUUAUAAUACGCAAAGGAUUGCUUCCUCUUACUGAGACAUGGGAGAGGGCAUUAUCAGUAUUAAUUUGUGCAGGUAUCCCCAAAACUUAUUUCCAAUAUAUGUGUCAUUCAGAACCAGCUUUUUCAGAGCUCAAAGCAACUGCCCAUUGGAACGGAAUAUGUAUCAGUGGAAUGGUGUGUAUAUUUCAGUUUUCCAAAUUCUGCAAAACGAAGCACAUCACCCCUCUGCCAUAUUUCAUUUCUUUUGGCACUCUUGGGGCUGUUUCUGGCAGGUGACGAAGCUUGGUUAUACAGAGAAUAAGGAGGGCAUUUUCUUAUAAUCUCCUUGGCUUGUUGCCAAGUCAUAGAAAAAAAAGUUAAGCCUUUAUUGUUAACAUGGUGUUUUUCAUGAAAUUUUGAGGCUUCUAAUACAUUUCCCAUUGAUAAUUGAUCAAUUUCCUCAUUUCCUUGUCAGUAGAUGUUAAACCUGUAUGAGACUGAAUAUGAGUAAUACACAGUAGAUGGUGUCUUAUUUCUGAUUGCCAGUUGCAGUUGCACAAAUAAGAUUAAUUCUGAACCAUCUGGAACAAAUUUAGCUGUUUCUCUAUACAAAAUAACUCUGCACAUUGAGAGUCAGUAAUUAAGAGAUUCAGGAAAAAUCUAACAAUACCAGAAGGAUUACAUAUAACUCUGACUUUCGAACUGAAGUACGUGGUCUUUGAUCACUUUGCUUACUUUAUCUGACUUAUACUCUGCCAUUCUCAACUUAACGUGCAUCAGGAUAGAACGUAGGUGCUUCAGGAAUUGGCGCUCCCCUCACAAAAUGUGGGCGAAUCCAACUAGUUCUUUUUAUGAACUGAAGAUGCUUGCUUUGGAGAUAUUUGUUGUUAAUUUCUCCCAAAUAGUUGCUACUCGCUCUUCGCAAAUCUUCAUUGAUUACGCAUAGUGACUUAAUCUCAGCACUAGAAAAAGGCACCGUAAUUUCAGCUGUGUCUGUUACUGAUAAUUGAUAGGGUCUUAUUCUACCUUUUAUAAUCAAAUCAGAAUCCUUUUUCAUAUAUGUAAGUUUUAACUUUUUACUUUGUGUGCUAAGAAAAUCCAUUCUAUAAUAUCUUCCCUUUGAAUAAUGAGCCACGUAGGAGAAGGAGGUGAAGGCAAAAAAUCAAGACAUAACCCAAGUUACAUCGGACCUGUGUGAUCCGCAUAUGCAUCUUGCUGAGAGUAAACCCUCUACUUACACUGUUACCCAUCUUGUAGUGUUCUAAGUCUGAAACAAAUUACCUGAGGGGUUAAUCCAGUUGUAGGCCAUAGCCAAUUAAUAUCUCCCAUUAAUUUUUGAAAAUCAUUAAGAAUUUGCAACUGAUCUUAACAGAUCUGUACCUUUAUGGUUAGAUUUUUUUGCUGACUUAUUUUAUAACCCAAGUAGUUAAUAGAAUGUACUCUCUGUAUUUUUUCAGGAGCAAUCUGUAACCCCCAGCAUGGCAGAAUCCUUUGUGUUCCCUUAAACAUUUUCUCUAACGUAUCUUUGUCAGAAUCAGCCAACAAUACGUCAUCCGUGUAAUGAAAAAUAAUAGAUGGAGGAAAUUGCCUACAAACUAUUUCUAGCCACUGCAGAGAAUAGUGACAAAGUUGGACUAUUUAACAUAUCAUGUGGGAGCACUUUAUUGGACCACUAUUAUGAUAUGUAGGUACUGAGAAAGCAAACUUUUCCCUGUCAUGCUCCUGCAAAAGGAUUGUGAAAAAAACAAUCUUUUAAGUCAAUGUCCUAGGCCAUGACUUAGGUAUGACGAAGGUAAAGGAAUGCUUGGCUGUAAAGGUCCCAUUGGUUGAAAUAACAUUCUUAAAUCUGAUAUCCUAUCCUCUAUUUUCCUGAUUCUUUUUUUUUUUUUAAUAGCAAACAGGUAAAUUCCAUGGGCUGUUAGACCCUCUUAUGUGCUAAGCCUCCACCUGCUCUUAUACUAGCUGCUCAAGUGCCUGCAAAUUUUCCUUAGUCAAGGGCCACUGCUCUAUUCAUACGUUCAGGCUUGUCAGUCAACUACUUUAGGGUAGGGCUGUUGUUAUUUUUGUAGUGGCCACUCUUAUAAAUUUGGAAACUCAAUCCCUGGAAUGUGCUGUGUUUGGACCGUGGGCCCAGCCUGUGAUUGUUUUUGAUGACCCCUAACUACCUUUGCUCAGAGCAGCUAACACCCACCCCACCACAGUGUCAUCAUGAGCUGUCUCUCGGAUUGCGGGAAUAUUUGAGUGCCACAUUGUUCUAAAAGAUCCCUUCCCUAUAAACUUUAUGGGUAUGUCAGCCACAUAAGGUGUCAGCUUUCCUGUUUGCCCUUCUGGUCCUACACGUGUAACCCAUUGUACGCUUUGUUUUAUUUGAGAUAAUCUGCCAAUUCCUAUGAACCUUCAGAAGUGCCCAUUCUGAGUUCCACAGUUUGGGGUAAAUGAUAGUCACACCUGCUCCUGUAUCCACCAGACCUUCUAUUUCAACACUGUUCUUGAAAUUUUAAUUUUGGUCCUUAACCACUCACUGUUGUCCAAAACACAGGUUUUCCAGUAUUCCCAACUGCUCUACAACCACCCCCCCCCCCACCAUUUUUCUGCUGGUACAGGGAAACAGCAGUUGAGCAGUCCUUUCCCCUCCCCCUCUCCUGUCUCUGUCUCUGUCUCUCUGUCUCUCUCUCUCUCUCUUUCUCCCCCCCCAUAAGCCAUAAUUUAAAUUUCUCCUUAGAAAUUCCAAUCUAUAAUACCUGAGUGCACAUUGAGUCCUUGGAAAGUUAACCCACUUUACUUUCCCCCAAGAUCAUCCCUCCUGUUCUGAAGGCAAAGCACCAUAUACAUCAGUGGUUCUGUUUAGGAGUUUUAGAACUUGUGAUCAACUCUAGAGUGCUGGUAUAAGAUCAGGAAUACUUAGUUGCUGGGGUUUUUGCUUGUUUUCUUUUGUUUUUCUUGUUUUCGUUUUUUGCCUGUUUGUUCUCCUGGAUGGCCAGAGGGAAACACUGUGGGGCCUCAAGCUGGCAGCCCCUCGCACUCCCCUCCCGUACCCCUUUUUAUUUCCUGAUGGCAAGAGAUUACCUUGCGUGUCCCGUUUGGACCUGCCCUUCUUUACCCAUUGCAGCCCUUGCCACAGCACCUGCAAACUCUGGGAAGCCUAGGCAUUCUUUGGAGAAUCUGUUGUGGCCAGAAGGAGCACAAAGCACUGUAUUUCCCACAGUUAGCAUACCAAGCACUUGAGGAUCAUGCACAGGACGUGUGUUUCUCAGUUACCGCACUGGACACGUCGAAGUCAGAGGCUUUUAGCUCCUUGGUCACAGUUUCUUUAUAAAUGUCUGAAUUUGCCAUAAUUAAAGCACUGGGCAUUUUCCUAUCUGAGACCUCUGGCUAUAGCUUAUACAAUGGUAUUAGCGUGAUGCUUGUGAGAGCUAAUAUUUGUGUCCCUUAGUCACUCAUCCAUUGGCGCUCCCACAGCUCUAACGGUCUAAUGACUCUUUUACAUUUUAUAUUAGCAUUCUCAAACGUCAACAUCUCUAACAACACCUCGGGCAUCAGGGUUUGAGACAGCUUUGGUUGCAGCUCAAACCAGUAAGAAACCUGUGCCUUCCCCAGGGCCUUGUAGAAUCUUAGUGAAUGAGGUGGAUCUUUUCCCGGGCUCCUCAGCUUUGUCCCAAGCUCUUAAAGGUGCCAGGCCACAUUGUUCUACAAUGGCACCAUCAAACUCUAAAUGUCUACUGUGUAGGUCAGAAUACCGCCCUUCACCAAGCACUUGAUCUUUAACAAUAUUCAGUCCCCAUUCUCUACUUCAUUGUUCAAUAUUCCAGGCCUCCUCUCUUUACCAUGUUAACCAUUGUACCUGCUGACCAGCCUCCAGCACAGCACCAAUCCCCUUGGUUACUUAAUCUUUCUUUUACAUAAAGGGAAUGGGUUCCAUAGGAAACAGAGACUUUAAAAUGCCUCAGAGCUAUCAUGUCUGUAGGAUACCAUGUUAUCGGAUAAUCAUGGCCGACACCAUUAGCAAGCGUGUGCUUUGCAGUCACUGGGAACACUUGAUGGCAAUUUUGUAAUCCUCUGACCACACAGUUGGUUUAAGAUUAACCCUUUCUCUCCUUACGGCUGUCCCAGCUUUUCCUGCAUGCACCCCCAUUCCCCACCCCCUGGCUGUGGAGACUUGAAAGCAAAAGGGGGCAGUACUGGGUGUGAUUGCCUUCAAGCCCUCAUUCAUUCUGCUGGAAGCUCCUGCUCUCAGUCACUGCUUUGAGCCCUUUUGUUCUCCCUUUUCAGGCACUUUCCAAGAGCUUCCACCACAGCCAAUUCUGCAACCCUUUUCAAAAACAAAUAGAGGGACCCUGAUUUUCCCAUUUCAUCCAUUUUUUUGUUUCUCCAGCUCCUCUAUCUACUUACAGCCUCUCUAGUUGCCCAGCUAUUCAUCCAACUUGUUUUUGAGACAGAAUAUAGGGACAGCAACAAGAAGAAAUAGAAAAUUCCCUCUGGAAACAAAGCAGCAGCCACAAUGAACUUCUUGAUGUCCUGAAACUCACUGUCCAUUCCUCCAUACCCUCCUGACUCCUCCCUCCCUCCCUCUACAGCAUUAGAAACCAAGUUUCCCAUUCUGCCUAGCUCCUUGUCUGGGCACCACUUGUAGGCAGACUUUUUGGCCACUUUAUACAUGCAUGUGCAUAUCUGUGUGCGAAUUUGUAUGUGUGUGUGUCCAUGUGUAAACAGGACCUCAGCUCAAUGAAGCACCACGAAGCAAAAGUAGCUUCUGUAAAACUGAUCAGAAAUCUUCUAUAGCAUCUUGGAUUGUAUAGAUAUAUUAAAGGUUAGUUUCAAGUUACCAUUUACUGUCAACUUCAAACUGAAUGGUUACAAGGGGGAGCUAAAAACCUGUGUACACCCAUUUACUCCUAUUUUUUCUGUGAGACGAGGUGCAGGCCUGGAAGUGUAAAUUCCGUGUUAUGUAUAUCCUGCCUAAAUCCCAUACUCUCUAUUUAGAAGUGAUGUACCAGCCUCUUUGCUGCCAGGAUUAGAUAUUAAAACCGUGAGUCUACUGACCCUUCUUCCUGAGAUCUGGCUGUUUUCCUUUGGGCUCUGAGAUGAGCCUAGGUUGGAAAGUGGUGACUUAGAUGUGUUUUAUAGAGACCCUGUGUCCAAACUGUGGCUUUUAGGAUGACAACUGUUUAACCAGUGUUCAGGCAGCAAGGCUCUUACAGGAAAGGUCUUCUGACUAAUCUUGGCCUUGAUAUGAGCUCACUAUGCUCUCGCAGGACUUCUGCAUUUCUCCAUUUCCCUCUGUUAGGUGACUGUUUGGGAACCUCGGGCCUGUAGGGUUUAGAGAAAAAUACGUUUGUUUAGGUGGUGUCCGAGGUUUUAACCUUGUCUACAAGAAAAUGCUUCCCGUACUCCAGUCCUAACCUUUCAGUACCUUCUGAGGGUCCCCACAGCCUUUCUGAGAGUAUCGCAGUGGGACUUGGCCCUUUUCACGGUGAAAAUUGCUUAUGGCAACAUAUUUCCAAAUUUUUGUUCCUGCAAAGAGUAACUAGUAUUUAUUUUCUAUUUAUUUUAUCAGUUUCUAGUGUUCAUUUAACUCAGUAAGGUCUGGGAAAAACUAAGAUCUGAACACAACAGCCUUCUCGGUAGCUUAAAAACACUUGGAGAAUUGUAGGUGAAGAAGUCUUCUUACCAGUGUCACAAAAGCUUGGUCCAAUGGGCUUCUGUAAUUAGAUUAUGUUUGUUUUAGAGAAGGAGACAAAUUUAUGGAAAACAUAGCUUAUGCAACAGCCAGCUAGCAAUGAAAUUGAGUGGAGUAGAGAUUUCUCCCUCAGCCUGCCUUCUGCUCCUUCUCCGUGUUCCUCAUAGCUCAGCCACUUUUGUCAUAAAUAAGAAAAAUGGAAAGUUCCCUAUAGCAGUUGUUUGCAGAGUUAAUAGAGUUGUAAGAGAAACGCUACCGUAGGAGGGGAAUACCAUGGUCAAUUAAAGUUGAGGAAUGCUAAGUUACUUCCUUUCCAUGGGGUGUCUGAGUUUUAUUAUGCCGUGACACAUUUUGAUCUUAGGAAGGGACAGACUGUUGCACCUAAUAUUGUUCUCCUAUCCCUCCCCCCCUUUCUCUGAGCAUCUCUACCAGUCUUUGGUCAAGUUUACAGGUCUUUGAGAAGACGAUUGCCAGCGAAAACGCUGGCAGUGAGUUUGUUACGGUGGUGCAGUGGCUUUGGUACCAAGCCCUGGCAGUGGUGUGAUACCAGGAAAACUGCACAUCAGCUGCCCAGAGAGUCGUGUCUGUGUCUGAUCUGCACGCUACCCCAGAGUCUGUAGAUGCAAAUGUAUUGGUGAUGUUGACACUGCAUGGUAGCACUGCUUUGUACGGCACUUUAUCUUCCUUUAGGUACCUUUGGGGACAGCCCUGUGAGCCAGACAGUAUUAUAGCGACUGCACAGAGGACGCACGUCCUAGAAGCCCUGAAAAGCUUGUCUCGAUUCCUUCUCUUUCCCCUUCUUCUGCCCUCCUCCCUCCAGAGUUUACAUCUUAAAAGGAUAGAGCCAGAAUUUGGCUACGAGUCUCUGACUCCAAGUCCAAAGGUCUUCAUACUGGUCUUUCCUUCCAGCUUUAUGUAUACAACGAAGGAUAUGGAAACCUCUCCACACUGUUUUUGCUUAUUGUGCAAACCAGCUCUGUGUUGGAGUGACCCAGAAGUGUGACUCUUAUUACUCUGUCCCUGCAGUGCCCCUUGUUCAGGUGCUUGACUGUGCUCCAGCUACUGUUUGAUUGUAAAGCUAAGAUAGAACAUACCAUUGUAAUCAUUUAACCCGGAAAAUAGAUCACCUCAGCAUUCUCAGGUGAAGAAGUGAGAUGGUUUGAAAGGAAACUAAUGUUCAGAUGCAACAAUAAAUAUUUAUUACACACAUGCCAUUUCUUAGCUUUAAUUUGCUUUCACAACUUACUGAUGUAACAUCUUUGUAAAAUGUAAAAUAUUUAUAUUUUGAAAUAAAGUUACAAAUGUUGGAUGAAA